GAGCUACUUGCCUGCUGUUACGAUUGUCCGUUCGCAACGUAAAUAAUAGUAUAAUACAAUACAAUCUUAAGUAUAUUAAAUUAUAAUGUAUAUAAAAAAAUAUUUAUAUAUAUACAACGUUUUUCUGGACAUUGACGAAGUUCUGUAACAAUCGUCGUUUUUAGUCUGAUACUAGUAUAACGUUUCAGAUUAAUUCAGACUAUAUAAUAUAUGAAUUAUUUUAGUACAAAUCGUAUAUAAAUAUUUAUAAUAUAAUGUGUGUUAAUUAUUCAAUUGUUUAACCGUCAAAUAAUAAAACUAUAUAAACUAAAAUCGUGUGUGCUUAAUGGUUCAUUUAAAAUAUUUCGGUUCGAUUAUGAGUGGAAAUUAUUUAAGUACGAUUUUUGAGAUGACUUUGAGUGGAUAACUGUAUGACAGUAUAUUGAUGCGCAACUGGUUGGUGAUGCCAGUCAAAAAAGUCAUCCAUUUCCUGAAUAGCACACGUGAUUUGAGACUAUUGAAGAUGGUAUCCACCUCCAUUUCUUUAGAUAGGAGGUCGUACUCUGAAAUAAAAAUACCGAAGACACAAGUAAUAAAUGAGCUGACACUAAUGGUUAGCGGAAAUGAAGCGACUAAAAACAAAGGAUAUGACAGCCAAUAUUACAUUGCGGCUGUCGUCGAGUACCACCCCAACUUAGGAUCUAAUCCUUUACAGUCAAUACAAAACAAUUUACCAAUUUAUGAGGACAUUAUUCACCAUGCUAGUCAAUAUGAUGUUGAUAUAUUGGUUUUUCCGGAAGCUGGUUUAACCGGAGUUACUUUACCCGACAAUCGAAAAGAAAUCAGAAAAUUUCUAACAGAGAUUCCUUCCCCGGAAAGUAACACUAUUCCAUGUUUCACUCAAUAUUGCAGCACGGUGUUAAAUAAACUGUCAUGUGCAGCUAGACUUCAUCAUAUGUAUGUGGUAGUAAAUUUACCGGAAAUAGAAUAUUGCAAAACAGAAGAAGACGAUUCGUGUCCUGAAGAUUUAGCCAAUUAUUAUAACACAAAUGUGGUGUUUAAUAGGGAAGGAAGAAUUGUUGCUAGGUAUAGAAAAUUUAACUUAUUUGGAGAAUUAGGAUUUAAUCAUACUCGCACAUCAGAAUUGUGUACGUUCGACACCGAUUUCGGAGUGAGAUUCGGAAUGUUUAUAUGUUUUGAUAUAUUAUUUCAAGAUCCCGCAGCUCGUCUUAUUCGUGAAACAGGCGUCAAGGAUGUUAUAUUUUCAACGGCUUGGUUUUCAGAAAUUCCUCUGCUUACAGCUGAUUCGGUGCAAGCUGGCUGGGCAUACACCAAUGAUGUGAAUCUCUUAGCAGCUAGUUAUAACGCUCCAUCAAUGGGCGGAGGAGGCAGCGGUAUUUACGCCGGUCGGGAAGGACCUUUAGUCAUGUUCAUGCCUGACCGACCUGGCACUCAAAUAAUACUUUCAAGAGUGUUGAAGAGGCAAUACAAUAAUUGUGAAAUUCAAUCAAAGAAAUGUUCGAUCGAUACUAACUAUCAGACGUUUAUGUCGGAUAACCUAAUCUUACCUUAUGGUAAAGAAAAAUCCCCACCAAAUAGAAAUCGGCCCAGUGAUUUCAGGUACUUCGCGGACAACAGCUUCAAGUACUUCCACGUGGCGACCAUGCGGUCCGCGGACCCGGACGCCGAGCAGCGGGACGACACGCUGUCCGCGUCGUUCCAGUACGAGCGCGACGGGUUCGAGUGCGCGAUGACGGUGCACUGGCGGAACGAGAACAACAACGACACGACUGAGUACAACAUGUUCGCGUAUUCCGGCACCCGGACGUUCAGCGGCUUCGUGGACGCGCACGUCGAAACGUGCGGGCUGACCACGUACAAGCAGGGCGACGCGGCCGCGGCCGGCCACUACGGCGGCGCCGUCGUCUACUACGACCCGCCCAAGGACCUGGUGACCAUCACCGGCAUCACGAUCGCCGCCCGGUCGCCGGACCUGGGCACGUUGCCCAUACCCAGCACGCUGGACACGAACAGCUAUCCGCUGGCCAACGACUACUACACGUUCAGCAAGCGGACGGUGACGGUGGGCAAGCGGAAAAUGCUGGAGAUCAACAUGGAACUGUCCAAGCCGGUCGCCAACCUGGUCACGUUCGGCAUUUACAAACUACCGCGACCGGUGCACCGCGGCUGACCCACACACCCACACACACACACACAUUAUGACGUCGGCGCAGGCGCAGAUACCGUUUUUUAUUUAUUUAUAUAUGUAUAUUUAUUGCGCAGUGCACACGUCGUUUCCUAAACACAUCGUUUCGUAAUUUAUAAUAAUUAUAAUAUUAAUAUGUAUAGGGAUACGUGCCCGACCCUACGAUCGUAUAUUAUGCAAAAUACACGUGGGUGGGCGCCUGUCAUUUUUUUUUUUUUUUAACGCCACGCGAACACAAUUUUUUUUAGCACGUUUUCGGGGUAGAGGGAGAGGGAGCUGCUGUUUACUUGGUCGGAAGGGGAUUGGGAUCGGUCUGCACGCUCGUAAUAUUAUAAUAUAUAAUACUCAUGCACUUGCACUUACCGCCCCCGCAUCACUUAAACAUAAAUCGAUUGUCAUAUAUUUUGUAAAAUCAAUACCUAUAAUACGAUAUAAUACGUAAUAUUGGAUCGUGUAUACGAAACUUUUUGUUCUACGUAUGUGUAUAUAGUUUUCCGAAGGAGCGGCGAUUUCUCACUACUUUAUGUAAUAAUUUUCUGUUCUCUGGGGUCGACCCAAACGAUUUUUUCGGACCGUUGUAAUUUAAAAAUUAUAUUAUUUCGACGACUGGUGUUUUUAAAAUCUCAUGACGUUAGCAAAACUAUAUAAUAAUAUAUUAACUAAUUCGCAAUCUACGUUAUAAUAAUAUACUAUUUACGAACCGUUCGUCUGAUUUUUGAUAAUAUACUGUAGUUACUCGCGGCUAUCACAACAAUUUUGAAAUUAUAUGAGAUAGAUUUAACAAUUAAAAAAUUAAAUAUCUAAGAACUCAGAACUAGUGAUAACAAUUCCUCAACUCUAUUUUCACCUAAACGUUUGCGUCCUCGUGGUGACAAUUUUAGCUGAUUAAUUAAUAUUUAUUUUUAUAAUAUAUUUUAUAAUACUGUACUGUAUUAGUAUUAAGUGUAUGUUAAUUAUUAUACGGUAAUAACGUACACUGUUUUAGUCAAGUUCGAUAUUUACGAACGUUUAAAUGUAUUUUAUGUACAUGCGUACAGUCGUAAUAUAAUUUUAUACUUUAUAUUUUUUUAUUUGUAUAACAGUGCCGUAGUCAGGAAUUUUAUUUGGGAUUUUCAUUCAUUAUAUUUUCAUCUAGUUUACAUUACUUUAUCUAUGAAGUUUUCGAUGCACGUGACUUCAUCACAAAAAUCAAUAAUUUACUCAAAAUAAAAUCAUUAUUUGGAAAUGGGUAAACAUUCAUCGGAAACCGAAAUUGAAAUUUAUUUAUUAUUCGUCAUUUAAAAUGCAUAUUUUUUUUUACAAUAUUCCAUGCGUAUACCUUCAAUUCAACGUAAAAUUAGAUGCUUGAUUGUGCCAUUUAUUGUCCUCCCCUUAUGGGGGGCUCCAUAAGAAUUAUAAUGUAUAGCAUCUCCUAACUACGACACUGAUUUUUAAAAUUAGACUCAUUACCAAUAACUUAUACAAAAUACAUUGAAUGUUAAUUUAUAAACAAGGGUCAAAAUGUAUUUAUUUAUUUAUUUCAAAAAUAAAAAUGUUAUAUUUAACAAUUAA